AUGCUGAACAGAUCUUUCAUUGCUUUUGUCAUUGCAGGUGCCCAUCAGCACAACUAUAACCAUGUGGCUCUAGGUAGCCCCACACGCACACCUAAGAAUGCUCACCGAUCAUUGAGACGUGAAAACAAUCGGAUAAGCGGCAUCCUGACCUCGCAGACGGAGCCCUACGACCUGUCAUUCUCGCGCUCCUUCCAGAGCCUGUCACACCUGCCGCCCUCCUAUGAGGCGGCCGUCAAAGCCGACCUCAGCCGGUUCUCGUCCCUGAAGAAACUCACGGCAGAUAAAGACGUGGAAGAGUACUACACCCGUAAGCGACACCUGCCCGACCUGACAGCAAGAAGCACUCUUCCAUUGCAUGUUCUCAAAAUGGGUCAGGAACAGCAUCGGGAACCGCAGCAGCAUCCAAGUCAACCCCCACAGUCCUCUAUCUCCCAAGCGCCCCCCCAGUCCCAGUCUUCACAGCAGCAGUCACAGCAAAGGCAGAGGCCCCGUCGUGUCCAGAGGGCCAUGUCCCAGGACCGAGUCCUCUCCCCGCAAAGCGCCCCGCACCCGGACUACAGCAUGGCUUCCAACGGCAUGUCCCCGUACGGAGGCAGGAUUCUCUCGGACGAACAGCUCCUAUCAGCCGAGCGUCUUCGGUCCCAGGAGCGCCUCCUGCCACAGGACCGCCACACGUCUCAAGAUCGCCUGUACUCCAAAGACCGGAUGUACUCCAAGGACCGACUCCUCUCGCAAGAGCACCUGUACUCGAAGGAGCGGCAUUACUCCCAAGAGCGCCUCUACUCACAAGAUCGGCUGUACUCACAAGACCGCCUCCUGUCCCAAGACCCCCUGCUCUCACCAGACAAGCUGGUGAUGUCGCUGAAGCGCGGCAUGGUCAGCAGCGUCUCCGGCGGCUUCCGCGGCAGCGACAAGUCCAUGUCGCGCGCCAUUUCCCACACGGACGUGUUUAUACCCACCACUCCCCUCAUGGAUCGAUACAAGAUGACCAAAAUGCACUCCCACCCGAGCGCCUCCAACAACGGAGGCGGAGGGGGCAGCGGUGGCGGUGGCGGCGGGCCGCCGGGAGCGGGGGUGGCCGUGCACUCCAACACGUUAGCCAUGAACCACACGGCUACUAAAAGGCAGGCCUUCGCCUCCAGACGGACUCACACCGUUGAGCAGCUCCACUACGUCCCGCAGCACCACCAGCAGCAGCAGCAGCAGCAGCCGCAGCACUACCGCACAGGCAGCAAGACUGAGGUGACUGUGUGA